AUGCCAGCCACCUGCGUAAAAUUACCCGUCCCAGUGCCCGCCAUCCUCCUCGCCCCCCUGAUACUGACGGUAAUUUUGUUUUUCACCUCACCCACCCAGACCCUCCCCUGCCCCCAAACCCCAGCUACAGAAAAACUUCUGCUUGCCUGCAUUUUCUUUUUAAUCACUUCGAUAGCAAUAUAAAUGUAUAGGCCUGAUGAGAAAUUAUCGAAAGCUUACGUUUGUUCGCCAAAUUGUCUUUUGAAUUUUUCAAUGGGAAUUUUUGCAACUCUAAUUUACUUAAACUGUAAAACAUGCAACAUAUUCAGAGGGCUUAGCAACCUUCCAGCAGGAUGACGAAAAACUGGGCAGAGACUUAUGACAUGAAAACAAGAACGAUGACCACAAACCUUUCGAUAAAUAGCAGCCAUCAGGGCUGACUUCGCCGAAAGUGCAGCCGAGAAGCCCACGUAGAAGCCCUGGUUAAACAGGAAUGAACUGAUAAAGGUGCCGAGGAAGAAUCCACUGGCCAAGACAUAACCGUACCAGUUGGGGUAGGUGGACUCACUGGCGAGAAAGCGUAGCAGGGCACUGGAAGUCCAUUGAGAAAAACCAGAGUAAGUUAGUAGGCUGGGAAAAGGUUUAAGAGAAAAUCCAAAAAAACGAAUCGGUAAUUUAAUGGCAGGAGGUCAUGGGGGGCUGUUUGAGACUAAAACAAUCGGUAGCCGCGUACCCUAUCAAUUCUGAUCUAAUAUGUCUCUCACUUUGCCCUUAAUGACGAAUUUUAACAGCAGCUGCGGCUGACAAGAUCAUCGGAUGUCUGUUGCGGGCGUUGGAGCUGUAAUUCUUGCAAAUGGAGAGCCAGUAUGAUGUCAGAUUUAUGUUGGGUUAGUAGCCAACUUCCUUAAUUUACUGUUGCUUGUUCACAUUGUGCGUGUUGACACCCCCGACAAAAUGAUCUUAGUUUUAAGAAAACCCCAUAUGAGCCUAACGUAGUCCAGUUAACAAUGACUCCAGAGAGGGAAAACAUCCAAGAAGAGACCGAAUGUGCCAUCCAGUUUCCUCAUGGUGUAGGAGAUGCCUUCAGGCUGUGUCGAUCGCCUUGCUUCCGAUUUGCCUAAAUUAAUGGCUAUCACUACGGCUAGUUUACUGGAGUACGCAGUUUACGAGAUGACGAAUAGACAUACCCAACUCCCUGCUGUGCAUCACCAUUUCGUCUGUAUCCAAAACCCAGUUAAGAUGCCCUCAAGGCUGUGAGCCAUUAAAAGCCGUUCAUAUUUCGCCUCGAUGUAUUUAAUUACUUCAACAGUCAGUAUCCCUCUAGCGCUCCACAAUCAACUAUUCUAUCACCAACACUUCUUCCGUGGCCUUCGGUAGACGUGACAAGUAGUAUCUCAAAUCCCCAAGCCCAUGCUGUUUAGAGGACGUAAGCGAAAAGAGUCAAGUUCUUUGUCCAGAAGUUUUUGGUUAGCGAAAGUCCACGUGGACGACUUACGUAAUGGCUCAAAGGAGUAAAAGGUUUCUAUGCAUAUCAAUAAUAAUAUAGAUUGAUUGAUGAUGACAUUCAACCACCUGCCACGAGAAUGCGGAUGUCGAACUGUACAGGAGGAUAUAUGAAGGAAAAGGCAUUCUCACAAGUCAGGCAUUGGCGACGACUAAUCCUGCAAGCUGUUGCUGCUCGCCCUAUCAACUGCACACUGUCUAAAGAAUAAACAAGAUACGUGCAUCCAAUCGCAUCCAGAAUACUCUCAGUCUCCAGACCUGAAUUCUGCUAAAAAGUUUAGGACUGCCGAAGCGACCGGAAAUAUACACGCACUACCAUCCACAGAGUAAUGCCCUUCGUCGAUGACACAAACAACGGCAACUGACGCUUCCAGUGAUUUCUAUCUCCUCUAACCUGUGUGCUGACAAGCAAACGUAGCACGAAGUAAGUCAUCAGUAAAAUAAGUAAUACAAGAAUUUAAAAACACACACAGAUUUUACCUCAAGAGAAGAGGACUCGUGUAGACGGUGAAAACGCGGAUAAAGUGACAGAUCCAGCAAACCAUGAGCCUCGGACCGAAGGCCCUACAUAUGCUUUUCACCAAUAAAAAGGCGUACUGACGGCCCUCGGGGUGGAUGUGAUCAACCUCCUUAUUUGCGUCCGAAAGCUCCACUUGCGAUACGUCGCCAUCGUCCCCACCCGGACAGAGUGCCAGGGUUGAUGAAAUCGCCUGUGUCUCCGACAACAGUGACUGGUUUGAAUCGUCUUGGUCGUUGUUGCUGGUGGUGCGGUUGGAGGUCUGAGCUGGCCUUUCCACAUCAGCAGUGUCGCUGGUGGUGAAACAUCACCCACCGAAGGCGUAAAAAGACAUGCAAAAUGAGUAUGCCCAAAAUAUGAAAUGUCGGAAAAAUAUUACUAUUAUUGGUCGCACGAGUCGGCGCUUAUCCAAGAGAAUACGCGAACACCUCCCGGCAUGGCUGGGAAAAGGCGAAACGAGGAGUAUAAGCAGCGCAAAUCUCGCGCAUGUUGUCGAUUCCGGACAUCGUGUGGACCCCAACGAAGCUUUUCGUGCGAUUUACGAGGUCCCAUCGAGCUACCCUAAGCUACUAGGCCAGCGCCUGUUAGCGACAGCGGAAGCGGCCGCCAUUGGGUUACUAAAGCCAAUCUUAUGCGCACAGAAGAACCACGUUCAGGCUCCGCGCCUACAGUGGUCGAAGGUCUACUAACGGUGCAACUCCCCCGCGCACUUCCGCCCUCAACCCGCCCCUCACAAUGACUACUAUUACCCUCCCCCCCCCCUUCCCCCACAUUCCCCCACCCCGCCUGCGUUUUAAGAACUUUUAUCGAUUUCUCUUAUCGCUGACCUGUUUUACCUCUACCCCGUUCUGUACUGGCCCGACGAGAAUUUAGCGAAAGCUACGUAUGUUCGCCACCUCGUCUUCUGAUUACUGCUAUGGGAAUUUUCGCAACUCCAAUAUUCAUCAAAAUUAAACGUAGAUAAGGUAGAUGUGGAAUCUCGUGAAACGUUAAUCGAAAUUCUGAAAUGCGUUUUCGAUUCAGAAAUGUUACUUAAUUAGGGUUGUAACAUUCGUUCUUUUGGAGCAUAAUCCCAACAUAUAUCAGUCACGUCGGGGAGCUGGCUUCAGAAUGCUCGCAUUCCUGACCGCCUGCGUAAACUGCACUGUACAUGUUUUGAUUGAUUUCCCGUGCACUUAUAAAUUCAAAAAUAUUUUAUGGAAAACAUGGCAGAAACAUUUAUUCCAGCUGCCAUUCAGAAAAAAUAAGUCUAUCUUAAAUGUUAUGCUUGCUUAGAGGAAAUCGUUCGGUUUUUAGAAGGGUGGAGUAGCAAAAGUUAUAAAGCCAGUAAAAGUCAGUAGGGGGUAAGGGGGUUUGGGGGAGGCGUUCAGAGGUCAGGAGUCAGAGUAUAAUUCUGUUAGGGGUUUGAAGAGGGGGAUGGGAAAGGUGUCUGGCUAUCAGCUGUCCCUGCCUUAUAGCUGUAACUCGACGCGACAGAUGUAAACACACGAAGAGCAUCAAUGAAAAUGACAUUUUAAAGCAGUAUUGCCUAUCUUCCGUGCAUUCUGUCCCUUGUCUUUAUGGCACGUAAAAUGAACAGGAAAGAAAUCUGAAAUUUUAGAAAAAAAUUGUUAUUUGUUAAAAUUAAACAUAGAUAAAGUAGAUGUGCUAUCUCAGGAGAUGUUAACCGUAAUUAUGAAAUGCGUCUCCGACUCGAAAGCAUUACUUAAAUAAUAUUAUUAUCUUCAUACUCGUGCAGCACGUGUACACGUGGCAUUCGGACGUAAAAACUACACACCGAAAGCUGAAGACUUAAAGGGUUUACUAUUUUCCCACAGAAUUCCCAUGUGCUGAUAAAUCCAAAUAAUGAUAUCCUCUUUAAAUGUGAUAUUUGAAGAAACAGUACCUUUCGGUCUUGUAAGACUUUUUCAGUUUUAAAUAAUUUAGAACCCGACCUGUCAUUACACUUGCGCUGUGAGUUCCCAAAGUACAAGCUGUAUGCUUUCCGUACAGGAAAAAUCAUACAUCCGACUCAUAAAGUUUUACCAUGAACAUAAGGCUUUACGAAUCGGCAUAUAACGGUCUAAGAAAACCGGAUGAUUAUGAACUUCUUUAAAGCUGAAAAAUAUCCUUACCUUAAACAACAUUUGAAGGAGAUGUAAUUUUCUACCCGAUGAACAAAAAACAGACACUCCUAUGCUUGUUUUCUACAAAAUAUAUUCGAAUUUGUAAAAAAUGAAAACAUUUACUACUUAAGCAGUAAUUUUUUUACGGAAUGUAGUUCUUACAAGCGACCAGAAAGGAGUGCAUUUUAAAGUUGGUACCCUGACGUGACUUCAGCACCCUGAGAUGAUGUUGCAUGAGGGUGGAAAUUACAAUAUUUUAAAAUGAUAUUUUCAAAUCAAAAGCGCAUUUCCGAAAUCCGACAACUACUUCAUGAGAUAGCAUUUCUACUGUAUAUAUAUAUAUAUAUAUAUGUGUUGGAUAAUCUCAAUGGGAGCAUCUCAAGGGUGUUUUCGAUGUUCACGUGGACAUUUUCAAACGCUACCUCAUGACAGAAUAAUUCAGGUAGUUGGCAGUUUUAAGCUGAACUGAAAGGGUAAUAAUCUGAACAAAUGCCCUAUCUAGAAAAUGUACGAGAUUCUUAUCUGAAAAGCAUGGAAACCUUAAAUAUAUAUUGGCCCUGAUUUAAUGUUGAUUACAAGCUUCCUAACCUGGUAAAGAACCAGUUCAGUACGAAGAUCACGAUGAAUCUGUGUCUGGAACGGCAGACUGUGGCAACUAGACCAUGCAAGGUUACGAUAUGAGCUUCAGUUAAAGUCUCAAUGUGGAAACCAUUAGUUAAGGAGGACGGGAAAAUGAGGUGUUAUUGCUAUUCAGAGUCAAGUAAUGACGUAGAAGGAAAGAUGGGGAGCGAUUGCUGACGGUUGCAGGGUUUCAUUCUUGACGCCAAGACAAAUCACCGCGUUCGACGAAAGCAACAAUAACAAAAGCGAAGACAGGCUGGAAGUGCAUCAAGUAACUCAUCACAAAUUAUCCAGUUCGCUUACGUUUGUUUUUGACUAGGCGUCUACACAAAGCCUAUUCAUUUUGUCGGAAAUUAGAGGGAGCCGAAUCUCGACGGAAAUAAAACGCCCAAUAGGACUCCUUUGAAAUACGCAUAGGACGCAAAAGGUGUUGAGGUCAUCUACAAAAGUCAGCCUCUAUCGCGCUUCAGCCAGGCGCGUUUAAUGAGCAUUCGAAAAGUCUCCGACUAAAAGUUUCCUUUAAAUAAAGAAACCCUUGGUUUGAAAAUAGGAACAGACGCAUCCAAACUGGUAUUGGGGUAGACCAUCAAGCAGAGUGAUUUAAAGCAGUGUUAAGAGAGAGGGAGAGAGAGAGAGAGAGGCAUACCUGUCCAAGUUCGGCACUUCCCCUAGUACAAGGCGUCCGCUGCGGCCAGAUUUGUAGUAAUCCCAUGCGUGCAUAAAGGCAUGACAAUUAUGGGAGGCUUGAACAUGAAGUGGCAUCAGGAAGGCGUCCUUAGCGCAUUCAAAUCUGCCGCGAAAUGCCGUCCAAAUAAGGCUAAAACGGAACCACAAUGCCUUAGACAAACUUCUCACGCGCUACACAUAAGUGGCAAAAUAUCAGGCGCGUCUUUGUAGUUUGGCAGCAUUCCCACGCUAGCGAUAAUCACCAGCAAACCCAAAUAGGCUGCGAAACUGGAGGUGAAACAGUUGUGAAUACGCUAAUUAAUUAACGUGAUACAGUCCUGAAUUAGGCUUAUUUCCUGCCGUCAGGAAUUUUCGCUUUUAUUGAGUGUUUAUCGGUGCGGACAGACUGAAGAAGGAACCCUCCGGUAUCGAUUUAAUGGCACAAAUCACGUGAGCAUGUGUGAAGGUGGUUAUACAUUGACUAUAAAUACCCGACUUAGAUACUUGCUCAUUGAUUAAUUCUGUAUUUGCCUCUCUUGACAUAGACCAAAGUGAUAGCCACCGGGGGAUGUACAGGAAGCCAGGCCAAUAAGAUCCAAUAAUGUUUUGCUUUUGAUACUAUUGUUUAUCACAAUAACCGGCUGGACCGACGUCAGUGCACACAAUAUUGUAAACAGAUGCAAUUAAGCACUAUGAUCUACGUACGGCCCAUAAUCUAUAUCGGACAUUGGAGACAGGAUCUUGAGUGUUACAAAGGGUUUGGGUGCAGAAUUCAGCAUUUGCUCACUGGACUCCUUAUUGGGUAAGAACUUUUCAGAUUGGUAGAAAAGCCACCCAUGACGGAGCUACAGUAGCAGUGUCAUCUCUUGAAAUGUUCACCUAAAUUCCGAAAUGCGUUUCCAACUCGAAAAGGUCACCUAAGCAGGGUUGUCAUUUUAAUUAUCAUAUUGAAUUAUUUUAAAAUAUUCCAGUCACGUUAGGGUGCCAGCUUUCAUAAACGGUGACUAUUUAAUAAGCAUUAGUUAUUCCCACUGAUUUUUUGUGCCCUUAAAAAUUCAAAUAAAUUGUAUAGAAGACGUUCACAAAAAUUCACUUUCACCCAACUGUGAACAACUAGGUGCCUCGGUGGGAUACGAACCCACGACAGCAAGGACAGGCUUCAGUACAGUCAACGCUCUAACCACUUGAGCUACAAGGCCCCAACGGACGACGCGAGUUUAAUCACAUUUGGGUCGAGUUUACCCGCUCCACCUACUGCAACGACUGGAGUCCACAAAGCUGAUACAGUAAGCUGACUCCCCAAGUAAGAUCUCCUAAGUAAUUUACCUAGAAUUCACCAGAUGACUACUAAGCUGACGUAAUUCAGAGGUGUUUCGACAGAUUUCAAAUAAUUCACUUUGACCCAUUGAGGCGCUGAGUUUUUCACAGUUGGGUCAAAGGGGAUUACUUGAAAUCUGCCAAAACACCUUUGAAAUGCAGUAUUCUUGCUUCAAAGAUUGAUCAGUUGAACUAAACAAGGUUCCCCACCUGAUACAAAUGAUUUAACGUAGAGGGCAUGAGUAUGUAUGAAAGGACUAAUGAUGUUUUGAUGAUGAGGAUGAUGAUGAUGGUGGUGGUGAUGGUGGUGGUGGAGGUGGUGGUGAUGAUGCUGAUGCUGAUGCCGACGCUGAUGCUGAUGCUGAUGAUGCUGAUGCUGAUGAUGCUGAUGCUUAUGAUGAUGACGCUGAUGGUGCUGAUGCUGAUGAUGCUGAUGCUGAUGAUGCUGAUGCUGAUGAUGCUGAUGCUGAUGCUGAUGAUGAUGGUGGUGAUGAUGAUGAUGAUGAUGAUGAUGAUGAUGAUGAUGAUGAUGAUGAUGAUGAUGAUGAUGAUGAUGAUGAUGAUGAUGAUGAUGAUGAUGAUGAUGAUGAUGAUGAUGAUGAUGAUGAUGAUGAUGAUGAUGAUGAUGAUGGCGCUUUGGCACACUGA